CCCUGAAAACCUCUGGAGCCCCUGGCCACCAGAAGUUCCAUCUCAUCGCCAAGGAAGGCCCUGGUCAAGGAUGUCCCAGGACUCACAGAAACCCUCAGUACUCAGCCAUGGGCCGAAGACACCAUCAGGCAAAAAGGUGAAGGCUCCACGCUGUGCCCUGUCCCGGUCGUGGAAGCAGAGCCAUAAGCAGACUCUGGAGGCAGCCUAUGUGCCAGUGGUGGUGGACCCCAGGGGGCAGAGCCCGGACAAGUUCAGUCUCAGUUUCUACACCUCCCAGUACUCCAACACCCUGAACCCCUUCUACACCUUGCAGAAGCCUACCUGCGGCUACCUGUACCGCCGGGACACCGACCACACCCGCAAGCGCUUAGACAUGCCUCCUGCCAACAUGGUCUCAUGGUGCUCGAAGGCCUGUGCCAGUCAGAAGCCCCCGACCCUGCACCCUCACCCCCAUGAUCCCAGGUCCCAGAGGGGAAGGGCUGCUCCCUCCUGGAGGAGCAGAAAGUGGCUGGGCUAGGAUGGCUGUGCCCCGCCCGCUGUCAACAAUGGCUAAGGGAGUCUCACUUCUCAGCAGCAAUUAAAGUUUGUCCUUCCUUU